ACACACUAUACGCGGCCAUAAUAUUCGCCGGUUACACUCAGUUACUGUAAUUUAUGGUGACACUGAUACUACUGCAAAGAUGUGUGUAUAAAAGAGUAUUACUGGGAAGAAUAUAGACAAAAGAAUAGUAAAAAAAAGAGGCAUCUCUCACUUUAGGCAGAAGUGUGAAUUAGAGAUGCACAGGUUGACCAGCCAUCAAUCGGAACAGUUUUUUUUUUUUUUUUUUCUGUGUUCUGGAAGUGCACCCAUGCACACAAAUUGCACUGGAAUAAUUUCAAUGUCAUUUGUGUGGAAAUAUUACAAAGUCUGUAAACAGGAUGUUAAGAUUGCAAUCUGUAAUGUCUGCAAAGAAAAAGUUUAUCACGGAGGAACAACAGCGAAGACGUUCAGCACGGCAAAUUUGAUCCGACAUUUGAAAGUGCAUCACCCGAAAGAACGUUAUGAUUAUCUUAAAUGUGUUGAUACUAAACAGCCAAAAGCUUCACCCCUAACUCAACAAUCGGUACAAGCCAUGUUCCAGAAAACCCAGAGCUACGGCCAAGAUAGUCAAGAAGCACUAGCCAUUACAAAGAAAGUAAUGGAAUUUAUUGCAUUAGAUGACCAGCUGUUUUUGGUUGUAGAAGAUCAAGGUUUUAGCAUUCUAAUGGCGCACAUGGAUCCACGAUACACACUGCCUAGCAGACAUUACUUUUCGGAUGUGGCUCUACCUGAAAUUUACAAUAAUGUGUCAUCCCACAUUCACAGUCUACUUAAAGCUGAUGUCACAUCCAUAGGUUUUACAACUGAUAUAUGGAGCUCUAAUGUGAGCCCAAUGUCUAUGCUGAGUCUGACAGCCCAGUAUAUUGAUCCUGACUUCAAACUAAAGACAUAAAGUUCUCCUACAUGCACAAGAAUUCUCUGGCUCACAAACAGCAUCUGCUCUUGCAAUGGCUUUUGACGAAAUGCUUAAAACCUGAAACAUUCCCAAGAGCAAAGUGCACGUAAUCAUGCGUGAUAAUGCCCCAAAUAUGUCUAAAGCAAUGCAGGAUGCUCAACUACCUAGCUUGCCUUGUAUGGCCCAUAUGCUUCAGCUGGUGGUAAAUGAAGGGUUGCUCUCACAGCGCAGCAUAAGUGACAUAGUAGCAUACUGGAAGAAGAAUAGUUGGCCACAUUCGCCUCUCGCCUGCUCCCGACUCCAGAAUGUGCAGACACAACUGGGCCAGUCAAAGAAAAGUCGACAACAAGAUGUUCCAACCCGAUGGAACAGCACAUAUUAUAUGUUGUUAAGUCUUACGGAGCAGGAGCAUGCUUUAGGGGUAUAUGCUGCAGACUACAAAUUACCGGCAACCCUUACUUCGUACCAGUGGGGUCUAAUUGAGAACAUCUCGACUCUUCUUGCACCGUUUGAGGAGCUUACAAAAGAGAUCAGCUUUUCCACAGCGACUGCGGCUGAUGUCAUUCGCUCAAUUGUUGCAUUGAAACGUCUCCUAAGAAAAAGUGCUGAAACGGAUCAUGGCAUGAAGAUGUUCAAAACCACUCUUUUGGAAGCGGUUGAGAAAAGAUUCAGCGACACUGAAUUGGAGCCCAUGUACUGUCUGGCUACAAUCCUCGAUCCAAGGUACAAGGAUCGAUAUUUCAGCAAAACACAGUCAAACAUCAAGUACGAGAAAUGCUUCAGAAUGUGUUACAAACAGAGACAGGAGAACAGAGGCCAGAGAUGGGACACGCUGAUGACGGGAGCAAAGAGGAAAGCACAGACGCGCCAGCAGAGAAAAUACUACGCAGAGCAAGCUCACUGUUCACGAUGAGAUAUUGGAAGAAAAUUCUGAGCAGAAUCACGUCAUGGGAAUGCAGAGCUACCUGUCCGAGGCACAGAUACCAAGAAGCGAACAGGCGUUGGUCUACUGGAGCACAAAUAAGAGCCACUUUCCUGCGCUUGCUGAAGUUGCGCAAGCGUACCUGUCUGCACCCUGCAUGAGUGUAGACAGUGAAUGUUUGUUCAGCUCAGCUUCUAAUGUGGUGGAUGAAAAAAGAAACAGAUUAGCUUGUGAAAAAGCUGAAAUGCUUCUUUUUGUAAAGUUGAACUUACAUACAUUGUUGAAAGAAAAGCCAUAAAUAAAGGCAAUAUAGCCUAGUUAUGUAUAAGAUUGUCAUUUCAUUAUAUCUUAAAAUUAUAUUGACAUAAUUUGAUUUAAAAAACAACUGCUGUAGCAUCUUUAUGUUUUACUCAUUGCACUAAACGUGAUUUGAUGUAACAUUUUGAAAUUAUUUUAUUUAUUUGUGUUUUAUGUAGUUUUACACAGCUAAAG